GAGGAAAAUGUCUUUGUGUCAUCAUUUCCACCACGUUUGCAAAUGCAAGCAUACGCUCCGCCAAACGUGCCAAAAUCGCACACACACACAAAUAAAAUAAAAUAAAAAUAAUUUUGCCCAUUUUGCUCCGAGCAGCCACCUCAUCGGCACGUUAUCAUUAUGUAAGCUUGCGCUUUUGAUGUUGUCGCGGUUGUGCGAGCGUCUCGUUGCCGUCAUCAAGCUGCCGCGCCCGCACACGCGACAAGGGCGCGCGGCCGUCAGCUUUCAUGCAGCGGGGAGAACAAUGCCACUCGUGACAUUAUUCAAUUUAGGUGCAACUUUGGAAUUAUAUUUUAAAACAAAACAAAACAAAAAACACACUCAACUUGGAUUUAGCUAAAGCCAUGACGACCAGCGCGGCCGCGGCGCGCAUCCUGAUCAAGGGCGGCAAGGUGGUGAACGACGACUGCACGCAGGAGGCCGACGUUUACAUCGAGAACGGCGUCAUCCGGCAGGUGGGCAAGGAGCUGAUGAUCCCCGGCGGGGCCAAGGUGGUGGACGCCGCCGGGAAACUGGUCAUGCCCGGCGGCAUCGACACCAGCGUGCACCUGGAGGAGACCUUCAUGAACGCCACCACGGCCGACGACUUCUACAGCGGUACCAAGGCUGCCCUGGCGGGAGGCACCACCAUGGUGAUGGCGCACGUUCUGCCGGAGAAGAACGAGUCUUUGUCCGACGCCUACGAGCGGUGCCGCGGCCUGGCCGACGGCAAAACCUGCUGCGACUACGCCCUGCACGUGGGAGUCACUCGGUGGGCCCCCGAGGUGCGCGCCGAGAUGGAGAAGCUGGUGAGGGAGAAGGGGGUGAAUUCCUUCCAGAUGUUCAUGGCCUACAAGGACACGUACAUGCUGAGGGACAACGAGCUCUUCCGGGCCCUGCAGCACUGCAAGGACAUCGGCGCCGUCGCCAGGGUCCACGCCGAGAACGGGGAACUGGUGGCUGAGGGUGCUAAGGAAGCCUUGGAGCUUGGCAUCUGCGGUCCGGAGGGCAUUGAGAUCAGCAGGCCCGAGGAGUUGGAGGCGGAGGCGACCCACAGGGCAAUCACCAUCGCCAACAGGGCCCGCUGCCCGAUCUAUCUGGUCAACGUGUCCAGCAUGGCGGCCGGAGACGUGGUGGCGACGGCCAAAAUGCAAGGGAGGGCGGUCCACGGGGAGACCAGCACCGCCCACGCUGUGCUCAACGGGAGCCAGUACUACCACCGGGACUGGGCCCACGCCGCGGGCCACGUCACCCUGCCGCCUCUGCGCCUGGAGCCCGCCACGCCCAAUUACCUGAUGAGCUUGCUGGGAAACGACACUCUGAAUGUUCUCGGGUCCGACCACCGUCCCUUCACCACCAAGCAGAAAGCCAUGGGCAAGGACGAUUUCACCAAGAUCCCCCACGGGGUUCCGGGCGUUCAGGACCGCAUGAGCGUCAUCUGGGAGAAAGGGGUGAUCGGGGGCAAGAUAGACGAGAAUCGCUUCGUCGCCGUCACGAGCUCCAACGCUGCCAAAAUCUACAACCUUUACCCCAGAAAAGGCAGAAUCAUCCCAGGAGCAGAUGCCGACGUGGUAGUUUGGGAUCCCGAGGGCUCCAAGAUCAUCUCGGUGGAAACCCAAGUGCAGGGUGGCGACGUGAACCUUUACGAAGGUCUCCGCUGUCACGGCGUGCCCUUGGUCACCGUCAGCCGAGGGCGCCUGGUCUACGAGAACGGCAUGUUCACGUGCGCCGAGGGCUCUGGGAAGUUCUGCCCUCUGAGGACCUUUCCAGACUAUCUUUACAAGAAGAUGGUUCAGAGAGAAAAGUGCCAGGCGCCCAAGCGGGUGGAGCGGGAGCCGUACACGGGCGACGCGGUGGCCGUGGCCGACGCCGGAAAGCGGGACGUCGUGCCUUCCGACCCGGACGCCCCCACGCGCCCCGGCACCCGUCACGGCGGCGCGAGGGACCUCCAGGAGUCCGGUUUCAGCCUGUCUGGUGCCCAGAUCGACGACAAGAUUCCCAAGAGAUCCUCGGCCAGGAUCCUCGCGCCGCCCGGCGGGAGGUCCAGCGGGAUCUGGUAGAGGCUGAAAACACUCCACGGAAAGAAUGAUAUCCCGACGGAUCCGUCCGAGCGAGACCAGGUUUUACUUCGAAUGAACGUGGGAACAAGAGGUCAUGUUUUCUGUUUUUUUUCCCCCCCUUUUUGUCAAUUAAGCCCAUGUAAAGCACUGAAGCUUAUUAAGUUUGCCCAAUUAGAACGCGGGUCGCAAAAGACGUCGUGUUUGUCCAAAACCUUGGAAACCAAAUCUUAUCAACCGAGUGCCAGUUUGGGGAAUCUCGCUGCUCACGUCGCAAUUUCAAAGGAACGUGCGUGUAUAAAUACGAUGUUUGCACUUGCGAGGCGUACUACUGGGCAACGUAAUGUACGCGUAUCGCCGCCGUUGAGCGACUGACGGAAAACACGGUGCGAUUUUCAACUUAGUUCUAUUUAUUUCUAUAUUUUAUUGCAAUCUUUGCGCAUGUCACUGCUGUUUACUGUAGACCUGAUUACCAUGACUUCCAUGUACCCCAACUUUCGUGUUUUGGGAGUUUCGAGCUAUUGGUCGGUUGUUUUUUGUUAGUUUUUUU